AAUCAGUAAAAGGUGCUGCUACUAAUGACCAGUCUAGAGUGAGUGUAAAAUAAGAGGGGGAGUGCAGUGCAGAGCAGUGGCAGUGGCAGUGGUGGGUGUAAAACCGGAAGAAAAAGACGCAGACACCUACAGGGGAAAAGGGGACAUCCACGUUCGGUGUAAGACACACACCCACAAAAGCAACAAAUCGAGGCGUAUAUUAUGCUGUUUCCCAGGACGCUCUCCUCACACCCUCUCUCUCUCCCUCUCCCCAAUUUCACACCAUAAUUCUUGCUCCGCUUUCACCCACCAAACUCUCUCCGGCCACCUCCACGGCGGGUGGAAGACAGCGCAACCGCCACCAGAGCAGUGGAUUUGUUGGGUAUUUCUGGGUUUUAGCUAAUCAUGCGGUAAGUGCCUGCAAUGCGUAGAAUUUAGGCUCAUAACGUCUGGGUGUUGCUGAAUUUCUGAAAUUGUAUCAACUCCCCGCUUGAUCAUGACGAUUAGAGGUUCCGUUUCUUCUCAGCAACAGCAAAGCAACCUCCCAACCACUGGAAAGGAUUACCUUUACGAGGAGCUAUGGAAGCUAUGUGCAGGUCCGUUGGCGGAGGUUCCGAGGAUUCAUGAAAGGGUUUACUAUUUCCCGCAGGGGCAUAUGGAACAAUUGGAGGCAUCAACAAACCAAGAGCUGAAUCAGAGGAGCUCAAUGUUCUCUCUGCCAUCCAAGAUCCUUUGUCAUGUUGUCAACAUUCAACUUCUGGUUGAACAAGAUACCGAUGAGGUUUAUGCUCAAAUCACUUUGAUGCCACAGGAUCUAAUGGAGCCAGCAGGUCGAGAUUCUUCUGCUGAACCUUCAAGGCCCAAAGUUUACUCCUUCUGCAAGGUGUUGACUGCAUCUGAUACUAGUACUCAUGGUGGUUUCUCUGUCCUCAGGAAGCAUGCUACUGAAUGCCUUCCUCCCCUGGAUUUGAAUCAACAGACUCCAUCACAAGAUCUGGUAGCAAAGGAUCUUCAUGGCGUUGAGUGGCGUUUUAAACACAUAUUUAGAGGCCAACCUCGAAGACAUUUGCUUACAACAGGAUGGAGUAACUUUGUAUCUUCAAAGAAAUUGGUUGCCGGGGACUCUUUUAUAUUCUUGAGGGGAGAGAACGGGGAACUGCGAGUUGGAGUCAGACAUCUCUCACAAAAGCAACACUCUAUUCAAUCUUCAGUCAUUUCAAGUCAAAGCAUGCAUUUGGGAGUGCUUGCUACAGCUUCACAUGCUGUUUCGACGAGAACCCUCUUUGUUGUUAACUACAAGCCAAGAACCAGCCAGUUCAUAGUAGAUGCGAAGAAAUACCUAGAAGCUGUUAAUCAUGGGUAUUCAGUUGGCACGAGAUUCAAGAUGCGGUUUGAAGUGGAUGAUUCUCCUGAUAGAAGGUUUAUGGGCACCAUAAUUGGGGUUGAAGAUAUUUCUGCCCAAUGGAAAAACUCCGAUUGGCGUUCAUUGAAGGUUCAUUGGGAUGAACCUGCAAGCAUUAAUAGGCCUGAAAGGGUUUCUCCAUGGGAGAUAGAACCUUUUAUUCCCUCGGUCCCUUCAACACCCUCUCCACCGGUGGUACCCAAGAACAAAAGGCCUCGACCGACUAUUGAUACCACAGUUCUAGAACCACCUACAUUGUCAAAUGCCUCUGCUGCUUGGAAUCCUUCAUCCGAUUUGGGAUCUGAACAGAUUGCUCCAAUCAAAGCUAGCAAUACGGAUUGCUCUCUACAGAACCGAACAGAGAUUGUGGGCCCUACUCAUGUAAAAACUUCUUUAAAUCUUUUCACAACUGAAAGUGAUGAUGGUAAAAGUGCUUCAACUUGGUCCGUUGAUUCAAACCACCUGCCUACAAUGCACAAUGGAGGGCAUCAGAACAAUCUUAUAAACCAUUUGGGCGAUAAAGGAAAAUCCGGACCUUUUAGAUUGUUUGGUAUUGACUUGAACUCGGUUGAAGGUUCCUAUCCAGAGACAGUAGUGACCUUAAGUGAUUCAGAGCAAAAGUCUGACCUUUCUUUUGAUGCGAAAGAUCUUAAACAAGAGCAGUCACAGGCCUCCCAUCCAAAAGACAGUUUAACCAACCAUGGUUUCUCCAUUAGAAGUCGUACCAAGGUACAAAUGCAAGGAGUGGCAGUGGGUCGUGCAGUGGACUUGACAGCGAUAAAGGGAUAUGAUGAACUUAUUAGUGAUCUUGAGGAUAUGUUUGAGAUCCAUGGGGAACUCCGCACGCGGAACAAAUGGGAGAUUAUCUUCACAGAUGAUGAGGGGGACAUGAUGCUUUUGGGGGAUCACCCAUGGCUAGAAUUCUGCAGUGUGGUGAGGAAGAUUCUGAUUUGUUGCCAUACAGAGGUGAAGAAAAUGAAUUCUAGAAGCAAUCCACUACUUUCUGCAUAGGAAUCACUAACUUGAAAAUAAUAGAAAUCUCCAUUUCUAGCUACAUCUCUUAACUCAUCUUUUUCUUCUCUAUGGUCCAUGACUUUUGGUUUCCUUUUUUCUCCCCCCACCCCCUUGUAAACUGUAAAAAUCAGCCUUUUGCCCUUUUGUUUACAUGUGGGAAAAAAGGAUUUUUUUGCAGAUGAACGAAAGCUCGAAAAGUGGCCAUAGUACCGAUGCGACUUAGCUUAGAACAUUGAUUAACAUAAUCAGAAUUAAUGAAUAUUCCCACGUUUUUGUUACAUUGUUUUACCUCUUGUAGAUACUUAAAUUGUUGCAUAUUGGUUUUUUUUGGUAACUGACUCUCUGACAGCAACUGCAAUGGAUAAUUUGUUAAGAUAUAGAUUAUUUGGAUGUUA